CCCCCCCCUCCCCUCUCCUCUUUCUUUAUUCUCUUUACGCUUUAUUCCUUAUUCCCUGCAGGCUAGCCUCCUAAUCCUAUAUUACUCGAAGGGUUUUCUUUGUUUUUUGGAUCCAAAACAUGGGGUUCUCAGGGAAGCCUCAAGUUGAUUCUGGCUUGGAAUUGGAUGCUAAAAAAUGGGUUAUUGCUGGAAUUCCUUUAAGAGCUCCUUUAAAGCCCAUUUUUACAAAUCCUGUGGAGAAAGAAAGCGAAAGUAGUGAUGAGUGUUCGACCGCCACUACACCGACAAGUGAAGAUGCUAGAAUUCCGACGAGACUUGCGUGCCCUCUGGCUCCCAAGAAGCGAAAGGCUACUUUGAAAUGUAAUUACAGUGGUGUUAGAGAGUUCUUUACUCCUCCUGACUUGGAAACUGUUUUUAUACGCCAUGUUGAAAGGGCUACUAAUUGAUUGAUGAUGAUUACUUGCGUUUUGCUUCUUUUUCCUUUCCAAUUCCCUCGUACCUUUAUGUUUUUUUUUUUUUUUCUUUUGUUUCUUUGGUUUUUCAGUUAGGGCACUUUUUAAUUAGCUAGUGUUUAUUUUAGGAGGAGCUUGUGUAUACAGUUUGUAUAAGUAAAUAAAAGCUACAAUUUAGCUUGCUUUUCGAAGCUCCUUUAGGGAUUUGUUCUCUGUCUAGAUCUCUCUCACAAGCUUCUUGUUAUGAUUAUUUAUUGUUCACAAGUUUCUUUAAUAUCCUUUUGUGCUUCUGUAUGUGUCGUUCUUGCAUGGAAAACCCAUGAAUCAUUCUUUGUUCUCCCUUUAAAAUCAUAGGGAGUAAACAAAGAGAAUUAUUGGUCACCCAAAGAGGUGUUUCAGAGCACGAGAGCUGCUGUUUCAACUGUGUAACAAUGUGAUAUAGCUAGCUAGCUAGCUAUAGUUUGGCCACAAACAUGCGUAAGUGUUCCCACGUGUAUGAUUUCAAGUUCAAAGGUAAUGGAUUUAAGUCAGUUGUUCUUA